CAACCGUGGCGGGUUACAGAUGCCUCUUUUGACGCCUCUGGCUGGGUUGGCGGCCCCUCAGAUAAACUCGGGGCUGCCCUGAUCCAGGAAGGCGUUUACAUUCUUCAUCACAAAAACCAAAUGCUUUUGAUAGGAAGGUAAUUUGCCUCCCUGCCUGCCGGGAGCGACCUUAUGCCAAACCGGAAGUCACGUUGCCCCGAAGAGCCGAUAAGGAGCGGGACUCAGGAGGGGCCGCUCUAGCAGCUGCUCCGUGAUCGAGCGAGAGGAGGGGAGCGACGUCAGGGCGCAGGCUCAGCGGCGCAGGCUCGGGACGCGGCAACUGGGAGGAGGUGGGGGAAAAUGGCGGACGGCAAAGCAGAGGAUGUGAAGCCGAAGCGACCGCUUCCUGACGGAGGACCUGAAGAAGAGGCAGAAAAACCUGUGAAAACUAAGACUGUUUCUUCCAGUAAUGGAGGGGAAAGCUCGAGUCGCAGCGCAGAGAAGCGGGCAGCUGAUGAAGAAGCUGAAGACUUCACCGCAAAGCCUGCUCCUGCCAAAAUGUCUAAGAUUGGGUUUGCCAUAGGCACACAGAUUGCAAAGAAACCACCUGCAAUAUCCAUCAAACUCGGAGCAAAUAAACCUAAAGAGCCUACUCCAACACUUGCUCCAAAAACUCUUUCUGUAGCAGCAGUCUUCAACGAAGAUGACGAUAGUGAACCUGAAGAGAUGCCCCCAGAAGCAAAAAUGCGCAUGAAGAACAUUGGGAGGGAUACCCCGACUUCAGCAGGACCAAAUUCUUUCAACAAAGGAAAGCAUGGUUUUUCUGACAACCAGAAGCUAUGGGAACGGAACAUGAAAUCUCACCUUGGAAAUGUCCGUGAAGAAGAAGAUGAUGACUAGUAUCAUGAAAUAUGGGUGUUGCGGGGAGGGGGAAAAAGGGAGGGUAUGACAUUAAAGGAACAGUUUCCUUUUUUAGAGUGGUAUAAGGAUAUUUUGGGUGCCACUUUUAAAGUUUAUAGUGGUGCACAAAAACAGUUUAAAAGUAGAGGUAAUUUAUGUUUUGUAUACAGAUUUCAAAGCAUUUGCUAAUUUUGUAGCUUCAUGCAAUUAAUUUCACAAGGAUAUGGAAAAUAAAGAAAUUGGAAGUGG